UUAAUUUAAUUUAGUUAACAACGUGGAUUAUAUAAAUUCUAGCUCCCCUCCUAAUCAUGCAUGAUGAGCAUGAAAGGGACUUCCACCAUGGCCAAAGCCGCUGCCAUUUUCAGCAUCGUCUUCCUCUCGCUCCUCGUCGCCGGAAAAUCUCAACUUUUCUCAAGAACUAUGUCCCGGCAGGAGCUGGGGCUCAAGAAAGAGAAGCUCAGCCACCUCCACUUCUACUUCCAUGACACGUUAAGCGGCAGAAACCCUACGGCCAUCCGAGUGGCGGAGGCCCCCACGACGAACUCGUCGGCGACGCUGUUCGGCGCCGUGGUAGUGAUCGACGACCCCUUGACGUUGAAGCCGGAGCCGAGCUCGAAGCAAGUGGGAAGAGCUCAGGGUAUCUACGCUUCGGCGGCGAAGGAGGAAAUUGCCUUGUUCAUGGCUUACAGCUUUGUGUUCACGGAAGGGAAGUACAAUGGCAGCACGCUGAGUGUUUCGGGGCGGAAUCCGGUGCCGUCGGCGGUGAGGGAGAUGGCGAUCGUCGGAGGGAGCGGCCUUUUCCGGUUUGCUCGUGGGUAUGCUCAGGCGAGGACUCAUUGGUUGAACUUCACAACAGGAGAUGCCAUUGUGGAAUACGAUCUUUAUGUCUCCCACUACUGAGUCGCUCUCCUCUGUCUUAAUACAAAUCCAGACAUAAUAGCCACACUUUUGUACUAAAUAAUGUGUUACCUAAGUCAUUUGUGUUGGGUGUGCAAACUAAAAUCUCACAUUGACUAAACAUA